GGUUUAUCUCAGUUACUGACAGAUUACUUCCCUCUCUGGGUUUACGGCUGACAUUACGAACUGAAAACGGCUUUAAGUAAUUACAGAACAUAGUCUAAAACUGCUGAAAAGCGACAUACGAGAAGCUAAAAUAUAAUUUCCUUCUGUCGCUUUUGCUCUUUGGAGACAAAAAACGAACACAGAUUUCGCAUCACGGAGCUCGCGCACAGCAGUAAUAAUAAAGUGUCGGGGUGUCCAUGGAGACGUACCUGCUGAAGUUUAUCGAGCGCGUGCGAGCUGAGAGCAGAGAUGGAGAGAAUGACAUCGCCGCUCAAUACACGAUUAUUAAGCAUCAGAAUGGCUUGCUGAAACAGAAGUACGGUUUGACCACAGAGGCAGGAGGAGUAAAAGACAACAUGAAGAAAAACCGCUACAAGGACAUACUGCCGUAUGACCAAACGCGAGUGGUUCUGAGUCCAACAACACCUGAAGAUCAAAGUGACUACAUUAAUGCAAAUUUCAUCAAGGGGGCGACGGAGAGCAGGACAUACAUCGCCACACAGGGUCCUCUGAGCAACACAGUAGUGGAUUUCUGGCGCAUGGUUUGGCAAUAUGACAUCAGGGUGAUCAUCAUGGCGUGUAGGGAGUUCGAGCUGGGGAAGAAAAAAUGUGAGGUCUACUGGGCUCCUCGAGACGAUCCAUCCACAUUCGGUCCUUUCACUGUCUCAACUGUUGAAGAGUCACCCACAAAUGAGGAAGUCAUUGUGCGAACGCUGGCAGUGAAACACUGUGAUGAAACUCGCACCGUGUCUCAUUUCCAGUACAUGUCCUGGCCGGAUCACGGAAUUCCAGAUGUUGCAGACGGCAUUUUGGGAAUGAUGGAAUCAGUUCGUGUCAGACAGGGUUGUCACACGGGACCUCUGCUUGUGCACUGCAGUGCCGGCUGCGGAAGAACUGGGGUGAUUUGCGCCAUUGACAUUGUUAAUGACCUGCUGCUCAAAAAGAAAAUCGGAGAAGAUUUCAGCAUUAUGGAUUUAGUUUUGGAGCUGAGAAGACAAAGACCAUCGGCUGUUCAGACUAAGGAGCAGUAUGAGUUUGUGUUUCAUACUGUGGCUCAGAUGUUCGAGAAGUUCUUGCAGGAAUGUUCACAGAAACAACAGCAUCAAAAGAUGAAGAUUCAGCCCUCGGACUCUCACUACGCCAAUGUGUUGCCCCCUAAGCCAGCACUGAGGUCGCUCUCUAACGGCUACGAAACCCAGAAUACAAGAAAACCUCCUGCCCUCCGUCCAAGGUCUUCUCAUCCUCAGUCAUCCGGCAACAUGAACGACACGUACGCAGUCGUCAACAAGUUCAAGCAGCCCGCCACGGUCCCGCGUCUCGUUACCCACCACUACGACAACGAAAACGUAACCAGCCAGAAGACGACUACGAGUGACCUCUACAGCAUCGUAAAGCCGAAAAACAGGGCAGUUGCAAACGCGCCUGCUAGCACGGAUCGCGUUAAUGACCGCACAUGGCCACUCAACCGUAUGACUACACCAAUGAUGGACUGCGAUGACUACGAACCAGUGCCAGGCGAUUUCCAGAUGAGAAACUCACAGCUGUAUCCAUCUCUAAAACAAGUAUCUUCAGAGAAACAGUACAAUUCAGAUGAUGACUAUGAGUAUGUCUCAAACCCAGUCAGAGAGACGAACAGCAGCCAGUGCAGCCCUGGAGGCAUCGGUUUUAAAUGCAGAGUCAGGAAACCCAAAGGACCCAGAGACCCGCCUUCACAAUGGAAUCGACCAGAGAGAUGAAACUAUUACAACAACAAUGUUGUCUAUAGAGCUACAUAUUCAGCAUUUUUUUAAAUCCAUGGAAUGGAUUCAUUAUUUUGUUUAUUUUGUUAUAGAGGUGAAGGUUUUUUAGAUGUGUGCGUGGGGGGAGGGGCGGUAUGGGAGUAAUGUAAGAGUUUAUUACAAAUGUAAUGUAUAUGUUUAAUUUAUUGCAAUAAAUGUGUUGUCUGGAUUGUA